AUUGCUUCAGUCGCUGCUGCUCCCCUCAGUGGAAAAUAUAAGACAGACCGGCACAUCUCCGAGCCACAGUAUCACCCUUAUUAAACUGACAUUAAUGCACCGACGAGUAAUUUUCGAUGAUCGGCCAGUAGCUCACAAAAAGACACGAUGCUCUAUCAGAUUAUUAUAAACAUUUACACAAGUACACAGCUAGCAGGCUAGCUGGCGUCUAUUGGGACUGUCAGUGGACGAAAAGCGAGCUACCGCAUUUCCUCGUUUCUCGGACCGGGAACAAAUCCAGCGGUUUGGUGUCGGGAAGCUCGUAUGUUUUGGAGAACAUGGAGUUGUUUCAAGCUAAAGAUCAUUAUAUUCUCCAGAGCGGAGAUAACGCGCUGUGGUGCAGCAGGAAGGAUGGAUCUAUGGCCGUGAGACCGGCAACAGACCUGCUGCUGGCAUGGAAUCCUGUCUGUCUGGGUGUUGUAGAAGGUAUUAUUGGAAAAAUACAGCUUCAUGCUGAUCUUCCUCUGGGCCUGAUUCUGAUUCGCCAGAAGGCACUGGUGGGUCAGUUGCCAGGAGACCACAAAGUCUACAAGAUCACUAAGAUUGUAGUCAUUCCACUCUCAGAGGAUGAACCACAGGAUCUGGAAUUAGAGCUCUGUAAAAAGCAUCAUUUUGGAAUCAACAAAUCGGAGAAGAUCACCCAGUCACCAGACGACUCCAAGUUUCUGUUGAAAACCCUGAGUCAGAUCAAAUCUAAUGUUGCCGUUCCCAUCAAGAAAAAGUAUUCCCCUGCCUUUCAGGUCAAAGAGAAUAAAGAGAAGGAACGUCUGGAGAGGCGGCUGCUUGAUGAGCUCUAUAAGAUAUUCAUGGACUCGGAUUCAUUUUACUAUAGCCUAACCUAUGACCUCACCAAUACAGUUCAGCGACAGGGAGAGUUAAUCAAGUCAGAUCAGCCCUUGUGGAAAAAGGUGGAUGAUGGAUUCUUCUGGAACAAGCACAUGAUCAAAGACCUCAUUGACUUGCAGGUGCCUCAAGUGGACUUUUGGGUGAUCCCUAUUAUCCAAGGGUUCGUGCAAGUGGAGGAGCUGGUGGUAAACUAUAACGAGAGCUCUGAUGAAGAGAGGAGCAGCCCGGAGACACCUCUGCGGGAACCCACUUGUGUGGAUGAUAUUCACCCACGCUUCACUGUGGCCCUCAUCUCCAGACGAAGCCGUCACCGUGCAGGUAUGCGUUACAAGCGGAGGGGGGUGGAUACUGAUGGACACGUGGCCAACUAUGUGGAGACGGAGCAGCUUAUCCACGUGCACAGUCACACGCUGUCCUUUGUACAAACGCGAGGCUCUGUCCCUGUGUUUUGGAGCCAAGCUGGGUAUCGCUAUAACCCCAGACCUCGUAUAGAGAAAGGCGAGAGGGAAACAAUGCCUUUUUUUGCUUCUCACUUUGAACAGCAAGUUCAGAUUUACAAAAAACUGGUGAUCAUUAAUUUAGUGGACCAAAAUGGACGUGAAAAGUUGAUCGGUGAUGCUUUCCUCAAACAAGUGCUGCUGUACAAUAAUCCCAACCUAACAUACGUUUCAUUUGACUUCCACGAGCACUGUCGAGGAAUGAAGUUUGAGAAUGUGCAGACUCUCACUGAUGCCAUCUCUGACAUGAUCACAGACAUGAGAUGGGCCUGGGUGGACCAAGCAGGAGUCAUCUGUCAACAGGAAGGCAUCUUCCGGGUUAACUGCAUGGAUUGCUUAGACAGAACUAAUGUGGUACAGGCAGCUAUUGCCCGCGUGGUCAUGGAACAGCAGCUGAAAAAACUUGGUGUAAUGCCUCCCGAGCAGCCACUGCCCCUCAAGUGUUACAGGAUCUACCAGGUGAUGUGGGCCAACAAUGGAGACACUAUAAGCCGUCAGUAUGCUGGCACAGCUGCCCUAAAGGGUGAUUUCACACGAACAGGAGAGCGAAAGUUAGCGGGGGUGAUGAAAGAUGGUGUGAACUCAGCUAAUCGGUACUAUCUAAACCGCUUCAGAGAUGCCUACCGGCAGGCAGUCAUUGACCUUAUGAUGGGCCUUCCAGUAACAGAAGACCUGUACUCCAUCUUCAGCAAAGAGAAGGAGCAUGAGGAGAAAGAGAAGGAGAACCAAAGAGGAGCUGAGGAGCAGGUCAGCCUCCUGCUGCAGACAUACAUGCAGCUGCUGCUCCCUGAUGAUGAGAAGUUUCACAGUGGAUGGGCACUUAUCGACUGUGACCCAAGUCUUAUAGAUGCCACCCACAAAGAUGUUGACGUUCUUUUGCUUUUGUCCAACUGUGCAUAUUAUGUAGCCUAUUAUGAUGAGGAGGCGGACAAAGUCAACCAGUACCAGAGACUAAGUUUAGAAGGACUUGAAAAGAUUGAAAUUGGUCCAGAACCGACUCUUUUCGGAAAGCCUAAAUACUGCUGCAUGCGGCUGCACUAUAAGAACGGGGAGAUGAGCGGUUACUUUCAUAUGCUGAGGGCUGUCACACGAAAUCCAGAAGAUGAUGGAAAAGACACACUCCAGUGCAUUGCGGAAAUUCUUCGUAUUACAAAGCAAGCUAUGGGGCUUGAUGUCCAGGUUAUUGAGAAGAAACUAGAGAGGAGACACAGCAAACCACAUGAGGAUAUAAUGGGAAUACAAGGAAAAGCCGUGGACCAAGUCCUUGGGUCUGGUUUGGCUCAAGGCAAAAGUUUCCUUUUGAACAAGUUUUCAACACUAAACCAGAAAGUAAAGCAGACAAAGAAUAACGUCAACAUUGGAAACUUCAAGCCCUUGGGGAAACUAGGGACCUUCUCAAAGCCUGAAGUAAAAGUGAACUUCCUCAAGCCAAAUUUGCAUACGAACCUCUGGAAAUCAGACAGCAGUUUAGAGACUCAUGAUGGCAAUAUGGGUUCAGCAGCCCUGAAAGCCCUUAACGACAAACAUUCUUCUGAGAUUUCCUCUGAUUCUGAUUCAUACAACUCUGAUGAGCAGCGUUGCUCAGGCUCUCGGGAAAACGUAGACUAUGUGCUUCCUAGCUGUGGAAUUGUAGUAUCUGCACCGCGACUUGGCAGUCGCUCUCAGUCAAUUGGCAGCAUCGAGCUUGCGGUGCCCUCUGUCAUCCGAGUCACAGGCUGUGAUGUAAAGACACCAGAUAGCUUGUCACUUGUCCCGGAUGGCCAGUCUCCUGGGGCUGCCUCGGAUGCAGAGGAAGCCAUUCUGAUUGACUUCGAGACACCUAUAAAUGCGUACUGUCACCAGUUUGUCCAGGAUGCCAAGACCAAACCAAUAGAGGUGUUCGAGGAAGUGGUUUCAGCACCCAAACCUCAAGCGCAUCAAGCCUCCUCAGCUCCAGACACAAAGCUGGGGUCUUCAAAUUCCCAACAGCAGCUUCCUCGCCCAUCUCAGCUUGAGGUAGAGUCCUCUGUCCAUGGGGCUAAUGUUCUGACUGUUCAGCCUGCAGGCUCUGCCACAUCAUGUGGGUCACAAAAGAGUCUGGAAGGCGUCACAGGACCCUCCCCUGCAGAUGGCAAUGGAAGCCGCGUAGUGUCACCUUUCGCAAAGAUAAGAAGCUCCAUGGUGCAGGUGGCUAAUUUAACCCAGGCCGGACUUACCCAAGGCAUCAACUUUGCUGUAGCAAAAGUACAGAAAAGCCCAGAACCAGACGCCGUCAACGAAACCCAAGAGAAUGAAUUGCGAGCCAUGUUUACACAGUGCCAGACAAGGAUCAUUCAGAUAUAACGUGCUUAGCAGAUGUAUUUGUAGCAUUAGUUUGUGACUUCCAGUACAGUAACAGUAGCAUACACUCACAAAUGUCAAGCCACAAUCCUAAUUUCCCCUCCAGUUAACAAAACCAAAGUUUACAGCCAGUGUUGAGUAGUAAGUAGUACGUCUAAGAUUAACCCAACCUGAGUCGAAUCUUAAACAUCUCUGUUUUGCAUGUUAAGAAGUAACUGUGAGUUAGAUUAGGACAGGCAAGUUUAAUUGCAUGUCGAGACCCAAGACCAUAGAUGCAUCAUGUGACCCCAUUUGUGCAGUGAAAUUCACAGGCUGUCGAAGCUGUAGCUAAAACCUUUCCCGAUUGGAAUAUAGAUAAGUGGGCGGCUUAAUAUUUCAUGUUAGACAACCAGACCGUACAGUUAUUUGGAUAUAUUUGAUGUGGUGUUUGUCAUAAAAAUAUACCAAAAUAGGACCAGAGUAGCUGUAUAGGAUCUAUGGUCAAAUAAUAUUAUUCAACUGUAAGUAUUGUAUGUUAAGUACUGUAGCGGUUUCUUUUAAAACUCUCCAAUUGAGAUGUUUAUAGACAAAAUUAUAUUUACAUGUCCUUCAGUUUAUAAUCAUAGCUGAUGGAAACAAGACGCCUCCAGUUCUUUUGGGCUCUGUUGAUGCAAUCAUGCAACUAAAUCAUUUGGUCAAACAAAACGUUUGUUUCAUAGCAUUAGCAGACGACUAAAAGCCAGUUUCUGACAAGUCUACCUAUAAAUCUGUUUUCUUUUGAGUCAUUCAGGUUACAUUUAUGUUCUGUCUUUAAUAUCUAUGGCAUAAAUUUACAUUUGAUUUGGCAUGAAGAUAAUUUGGUUCCAAACUGAGAAGUGAUUAGAUCAGCUUUUAAAGCCUUACCCCAUAUAUUAUAGUUUUGGAAAAAAUAUCAAGCCUUACCAGUGAUAUCCAGCGGAUCCUAGUUUAAUUAAGCAUUAAUUACUGUUGUUUAAGUGAAGAUCCUUUGGGAUUAAUCUGUGUGCAUCAAGAGAUUCUGAAAUAGUUCAAUAUCUUACGGGCUAAAUAAUAUCAAAGGUCUGAAUAAGGCACUGUGAUCUCACAUGAACAUCAAGAAUGUUAUCUUUGCUUUUAGAGCUGGUUUAUCAGUUCUUUGGGCCACAGUUUUUCAAAUCCACUAUGAUCUUAGUUUCUCACAAACGUCAUUUCUUACUUGUCUUUCUCUCACAUGUACUGUAGCAUAGAGUACUGUGCAAGGCAGCAGGUUACCCAAUCUUCUUGCAGUGCAUACACAUUCAGACAUUCCUGGAGCUGGUACGUGGUUUUGAUAACCUUCUGAGAUUUGGAACUGUCUGAGCUUUAAUAUAUGGUGGCUGUUAUGCAAUAUCGAAAAUACAAGCGCUGUAGUAUGUCGACUCCUGUUACAGACCCUUUUUUUUUACUAUUUAAGAUGGCAUGCACUGGACUGCAGUCUGUUUUUUUUUGCUUUGAACUUGAUAUGUUCUUCUUUGGCAGAGUUUUAUGCUGAGAAUCUUGAUAAACAUUCCUCU